GUCCAAGGAGGUGACAACGCGCAUUUUCAGGUUUGGGUGUGGGGCACAGGUCCUUGUCUUGCCUUAGGGUCGACUGAAGCCACCAUGCUGAGACCACAGCCAAUUGAGGAGUUGGCAGGAUUGCGGAUUGUGGAUAUAUCUGCUGGAGACUCCCAUGUGAUGGCACUAACACACGAGUCUGAGGUUUAUGCCUGGGGUUCAAAUACAAUGGGUCAGUGUGGGCAGGGUCAUACGGUAUCGCCCAUUCAGCAGCCCAAGAAAGUGAUGGGACUGGAUGUUGCUGUUCACCAGAUUAGUGCUGGAACCACUCACUCCAUAGCCUGGACUGCCAUACCCACAGACAGACGUGUGGUAUCAUGGCAUCGUCCUUUCUGUGUUGAUCUCCAAGAAGGUACUUUUUCUCUCCUGAGAACCUUCAUUGAACUCUACUGCUGCUUUGAUGACUUGGAGAAACCAAUCAAGCCAUUUGCUUCUUUAAGGGACCAGGAGAAGUUUGUGUUGUUAUGUCUACAGCUGCUCAACACGCACCUGUCUUUAGCAUUGACAGGUGGCAUGACACAGGCUGUGCUGGGUUCUGAGGCAUCGCCACUCAGGGAACUGCUCUUCAGGCUAGUUGAUGCCAAAUUGCCUCGAGCCAUAGAAGCUGGUGUGUGCGAGGGUCUGAGUUCGCCUUUACUUCUCCCUCCCUUGGCCUCGCGUAUGAGUCUCCUCUAUUGUCUUUUGCCAAAGUCACCGGAAGAUUGGGGGCGGCUUUCUCGUGGUCAGCGUUUGCAGUUGGGUAUUUUAGUGGUGAGUCUUGAGGACCAUAGUCAUGUUGCUGCGCUACUUGGGUAUGGCUCUCCUGAUGAUGCCCCAACCCUCUGUCAUCAUACCUCAACUACUUUACCUCGGGACUUGAUGCACACUUUACUGGCUAACCUCAGAUUUCAUACGGAACAUCAGCUGAACCAGAUCCUCGAAGAAGAAAAACCAGGUAAAAAGGGACUAGUUAAAGGUAAAUCUGCAACUCGCUAUGAAGGUUUAAAAAGAAGAGACUCUGAAGCUUACAAGACUCGAGAGGAAUGUCUAGCUAGUGGAGAUUCAGAUUCACAUAAGGAGGAGACCCGGGAUGAAGGUUUAGCCAGCAAGGACUCAGAACCUCAUAAACCAGAAACUUCUGAUGAGAAUUUGGAAAAUCAAGAAUGCCAAGCUAUCCUGCCACAAGCAUCUGAAACUCCACAAAAGUGGUCAGCAUCUUCAGCAGGAGUUGAUAGCAGUGAGGAACAAGGAAGCAGCCAAGAUGAACGUGACACUGCACGUCAGUAUAUAGACUCAAGACUUGGGGGUACUCAUCCUCAGCAUCUUCUUCGACUUCUCUCAAACCUACAUUCACACCUCCUGGCAUACUGCACUCAUCACCAGUUUGAAGAGAAUUCGUCAAGUAUGCGACUGUUAUACGAACACUUGAGUGAACUGUUCGAGAUGUGCGGUGCACUGCUCAGUCAGACGGCAAAUCUUCUUGCUUCACAUCCUGGACUGGCUCAUCUCAUUCAUGAUGUUGUGUACCGCAGUGUGUGUGGCUGGGUUCUGGCCCAUGUGGUGUAUGCUCUGUUGCUCUUCCCAGCAAGACUUGUGCGCCCACUCCUGGCUCCUCUAAGAGCCAUUCUUCCCAUCCUGGACUCCACUAACCGCACAAUAGCAUCUGUAACCUCGUUUACUGACCAAGAGGAUGUAACGUCAGAGGUUGACACCCCAACUCCCGACACUGUGAAGAGUGUAGGAGGAGGAGUAGUGGGUCGUCAGUGGGCGUGGCUGUUGGAUGUGGAGCGAGCCUGUGGCUUAGUGGUGGGACGGUGUUUGGAAGGCAUGCUGCUUGGUCCUCCUCUGACCUCUAAGGAGGUGCAAAGUAAACCUUGGCUUUCAAUGCAACUUUUCUCCUGUGGACUGGCAGUAGUAAAUAUAAGCCCAGAAAAAGUGAGUACCUCCAUUGAGCAUAUAUUGAGCAUUCUGGAGUGUGGGAAGGAAGUGGUAGUGGAAGCCUUGCAUAAUUUUGCGACGACCUACACUCAGCUUGCUACUCCACUCAUUACCGUCCUUGAAUCAAAGAGUCAGGUGACGCUAUGGAUGGACGAGAUGGCUUGUGGAGAGGAUUGGGACACUUGUGAGGUAAAGGAAGAUCUUCUCUUGGACAUCACUACCCAGCUGCUGCUCUCCACCUUCCUCCUGCAGACGGGGGUCUCUCAAACACAACUUGGCGUGCAUUACUGUAAUAUCAUGAGAGAAAUUUUCCGACUGGUUUAUCACAUUAGACGCCGGCUAGUCACUCUGAAGACUCAAGAAACCUCAGAAUCUCAAGAAAGAUCAAGAACAGGAUCUGAAACAGCCCAGGAAGAGGAGCGUGCACGAGUGGAAAUUGUAGAGCAGAUGUUGUCUCUUAGGGUACCAGUGAAUCAUGAACCAGAAGACCAGGAAGAAGUGCGGGAACUGAGAGAGCGGCUGAUGGCCAUGAGAAGUCCAAGAGCAUACGAUGAACAAGAUCCAGAAGAGAGUGGUCAGGAAGCUGUGGAGGAAGGUGUUAGUUAUGAGGCUGCCAAUCUUCACAUCAUAACACAGUGUCUGGUGCUUAUGAUGGCUAUCAAACCUGCUCCAUUGUUGCCAAAAUCCUGCAUUCAGUUGACAUAUCAGGAGGUAUUGAGUCUAGUGAUGGGUCGCUGUAUAGAAGUGCUGAGGUUUGCUGGUGCAGAAGACCACCAGCUGUCAUCUCUUAAGACUGUAGCUAAUCUCCCACCUGGACCUGAUGUUAUUCUCACCUCAAUGACAACCCAACAAGCUAGAGCAGAGUCUCGACUAGAUGCACUGGAGCUGAUGCUGACGCUGUUGACUCCUGUGAAUGAUGGAGACAAAACAGAGGAGGACACUAAGGAGCAUUUUGCUUUAGAAAGAGCAUGUGGAUCUCUCCUUCCUUCUGUGUAUCAUGAGGUGAUGACUGGAUGCUUUGGUUUGGAAAGUCUUUGGAGCAGUAGUAGUUACUCGUUAGUGCGAUCACUGGAAGCCACACACUACCUCGAUGGUAUCCGAGCAGCGAGCAUGCCCACGCAGAAGAAGAUUGCUACGACUGUUCACAUUAUCUACCGUCAUCUAGUCUCAUCUCUACUUCAACAUGAACAGCCAGACAAAGGUCUUCGGGAGCGCCUCUGUCUGCUGACUAUAUUUGCUCUUAGUGUCCGCUAUGAAGCACCUGAUCUGAGCUUAGCUGUAUCAAGUGGUCUGCUUGAUGCCUUAGUGCGAAUGUGCUGUCCAUACGAUCCUCCAACUCUGCGUCAUACCCCUCAUCCAUCCCCGACAGAUCUUUUGCCUCAUGCAGCACAUACACUCUUCCAAAUUCUUACUAUUUUAACUGGGUAUUAUGCAGAAGACAUCAGUAAAUGUGUUCUCUCACAAGUUAUGAAUCUCUUGCAUCUGCAAGUUGAAGACCUUGUUAAUCAUAUCAUUAAAGCUAAUGAAAUCACAUGGAAAACUUACAUGCAACAUGAAUCUAUUAUUCCACUUGAAAAGAAUGUUGAUAUAGCUAAACCUGACCUAAAAGAAGCAGAAGUUGAAGAAAGAGAGAGAGAUGGUAUAGAUGUAAAGGAUGUUGGUAAAAAAGAAAGAAAGAUAGGCCAGAGAAAAUUAGAACUACGCCUCACAGGUCUUGAUGGCGGCCAGAACAACAAUGCUGCAGAUGCCAGGAAACGACGACAUUUAGAGGUAACCUUAGGAAACCUCCUAGUGUUUGUGAGGCGGCUGUGUGUUAACCAGCGGGUGAGAGUUCUUGUUGGUCGUCAGCCGUGGGUACGUCUUCUGCUUCUGGUCACUGGUGAGCAGGCUGAAACUCACCUUCCUCAAGUCAUCAGUGUAAGAACAAGAGUUUUGGCACUGACACUGUUGGGCGCUACUCUGCCAUAUUCGGAUUUUGACUUGGAGGCUCGGGAACAAGUUGUAAGACAGCUCUUCAUGCAGCUGGCAGCAAAUAUGUGGGUGAUACCCUCUGCUCAGGCUCAUCUUAAGGCAAGUCAGUUGUUGACAGAACUUCAAAAACAUCUUGUGAGACUGUCAAGUCCUGAUUUGCUAGAUGAACAGUCAAGGCCUGAUUCCCCUGAUGAUAGUUUACCAGUCCAGGAAGUAGGUUUUGACCCUGACAAGUCUGUGUGUUGUUCAGUUGAAGGAGGACACACACUUGUUCAUGGUCCAGGGGGUCGUGGCUAUGGUCUAGGCUCUACUCCAAUUACCUCUGGCUGUUAUCAGUGGAAGUUUCUCAUUGUGAAAGAGAACCGUGGUAAUGAAGGAACCUGUGUUGGCGUCUCAAAAUAUCCUGUCCGUGACUACAGCCAUAGGACUUCAUCAGACAUGUGGCUAUAUAGAGCUUACUCAGGAAAUUUGUACCACAAUGGGGAACUGAGUGUUUCCUUACCUGGUUUUACUCAGGGAGAUUACAUCACUGUGGUGCUUGAUAUGGAGGCUAGGACACUAAGCUUUGGCAAGAAUGGAGAAGAACCUCGACUUGCAUUUGAAAAUAUUGAUGCUCCUGAACUAUAUCCAUGUGUUAUGUUUUAUAGCACAAAUCCUGGGGAGAAGGUAAAGAUGGUGGACAUGCAAGUGAGAGGUUCCCCUCGAGAUCUUGAUCCAGGUGAUCCGUUGUGUGCCCCUCAAGCUGCAGUCUUGUCAGAAGCUCACAUUGCUCUUCUUCGGCAGCUGCAUGAAGCCUCAGCUUGGACACAGCAGGUUAAUGAUUGUAUAAUUGAACGCCUUAAUCAGACAAAGGAACUUAUCCCGCAGCCGAAGGAUCUCCAUGAAAGUGUUGAAACGGCUUCUAAAAGUGAAUCGGAAAAUGAGGAACUUGUAUCUGAGUAUGAACCUAUCACAGAUGAUGCCAUUGAAGGUCAUGUCUUGACACUGGAUGAAAGACUUGAACGAGAAGAAAGAACAAAGAAAAAAUUUGGACUGCGUUUAAAUGAUGACGAUAGAAGCAGUCAAAGAACAGAUUUAAAUUUAGAAAAUGCUGAUGAGCAUUUAGAUGGAAGGACAGGCAUUGCUAAAGGAAAACCAUGUAAACAGAAUCUUGUUUAUGAGAUGAACUUAGAACAGCUGUGUAAGGAAGUUUAUCCUGCUCUUGCCAUGAUUGGUGGAGUUGAUAGUGGACUAAGGGUAGGAAGUCAGUGUAUCCAGAAGGGCACUGGAAGGAGAGCAAUGGUCUUAGGAGCUUUACGCCAAGGACAUCCAGCUGUUAAGGUACAAUGGUGUGACUGGGAUACAAGUAUCAGUGAUGUCCCCGUGUCUAUGUUAGAGCCUGUGGAGCCGCCUCCGUUUGAUGUUUCCAAGAUGUCUGGAAUAACUGCCCAAGUCAUCACUCAAAUAAUGAGGUUGGGAGGACUCACUCAAGAGAUUGAAUUUCCUAAACUGACGUACAACCAUGAGACUGACGAGUUGCAGACCUCGUCUACGGGCAGCCUUGUGUCGCCUCAGGUUCCACAGACUCACCUGGAGUCGUUGCCCACCACUGCAGCCAAUUCUCAUGGGCCCUCACACACCUCCAGUCCACGCAAGGAGUUAAGAGUGGGCUCUGAUGGCCUGACAAUGGAGUUGCUCACUGAUCAGUUAGUUACAAACAUCAUGGAUGAAGUUACUGGACGUUCGUUUGAUGCCUGUGAUCGCCACGAGCCGCCACAACCAACACACCGUGGCUCCUCCUUGACUGGAGAUUUAAGCCAAGAAGAAGGCAUGGCUUUGCGGCUGGCUUUUUUGCAGAGUGCCAGUCUGCGAGCCAUAUGUGCCAUCAUGAAUUGUCCGUGUUAUGCCGAGAUGCUGCUGGUACCGAAGGCAGUGCAGGAAAAGGAUGGAGGUGAGAAGGGGAGCUCAGUGUCCCUGCUGCAUGAAGAAGAUGAGAUACGCUCAGCUAUAAGAGUGCUGGUGAGAUGUAUGGUGUCGGCCUGUACGCAGCCUCAACCUUUGAAGAGACAAGUGAGUGUAGCAGAGGUGGAGCGGUCACACCUUGUGCUUCACAACAUGUGUAUGAGAGCCUGGGCUGAAGACAGCCUGAGUGUGGCCGACACUCAGUCUCGCAUCAUGGCCCUCACGGCCAGUGAGGAGAACAUUUCUGAGCAGAUUGCUGAAGCAACAGAUCGACAACAAAACACAUCAGACAUACAAUCUGCUGGUGCAGAUGUUCGAGUCCCAAAGCGUCCCAUUCCAUCCCUCGGCCUUCCCAUCACUGUGCCUUGUGCUCCUGCUACUUACCCAGUAGGGGAGAUGCGUUCAUCCCAUUAUUCCCACACAUCUCAGUCAUCGCGCUCGAGUCAGAAUCCGCCAAGAGGGCGCUCAGUUGGGCCGUUGACUCCACAAAGUGCUCCUCUUCCUCCCAUGGCCAGGAGUCAUUCACCCUCCCCUCCGCUAACUCCUCUGCCACCUCUACCACCACCAGUUGCCACUCCUUUAUUGGAAAUGGGAUUUACCCUCAAACAUAUCCAGAAGGCUAUUUCUGCUCAAGGUCAUAAAGGUGAACCUUCAGCAACACAGAUCAACCAGUUGGUUACAUGGAUGUUAGAGCAUCCUUGUAUUGAUGCUAGUGAGACCAGCGAGAGGAGACGCUCUCACGAGGACACCUCUUCCUCUGCAGCUGCUUCAGGAGCUGCAGCUGUUGCUGCACAGUUAAUAGACAGAACUGAUAUUCAGGACCUAAGUGGAAGGCGAACCAACACAGGAAUUCUUCGUCGAGGAGGCUGCAUAGAUAUUAGAUCUUUCAUGGUGCCUACCAGACCUACAGGAAGAGGAGUGGACAGCAGAGACACGGAGAGCUCCAGGCAGCAUCAACAUGGCCGUAGUGAGAGCCGUUUCAGAUACAGUCGUGCAGUUUUUGAAGACCGUCACCGGAGCUCCGAUGAUGCCAUAGGAACCCUGCCGAGUGAUUUGGACCACUGGUUGUGUAGCUCACUGGGAUUAGAUGUGAUAAAUAGGAAUUCAUUCAGUGCUUCCCGUGACCAAGAGUGGAGGGCUGUGAUAGAGGCAACCACGAAUAAUGAGGGUGAGAGAGCCAUGAGUGUGUGCGAGGUGUGCCACCACCCGACCAGUAAUCUACGGCAACACAUGCGUGUAGCUCACCCAGGCUGUGCUCGACCCUGGAUGGCUGGUGUUUGUGGCACUCUUAUAGGGGGAACUUACAUCUUAUGUGAGGUAUGUCAAGAGCAGCAUGUGGGAGGCAAUGGUGGGCUUGGGCUACCUCAGGGAGAGUCAGUCGACGGCCAGGAGUGCCUGCGGGACUUAUCCACGGUAUUAGCGCCAGAUUUGGCACCAGCUCCCCUUGCCACUAUGGAAGAUGAUGGUCUAAGCAUGAAUGAAAUUGACUUGAAACUGACGAACUAUAAUGUAAUAGCUUCUCGGUUAGGCCUAACUGAAAGACAGCCCAUACCUGAUCCUAUGCCAUUCCCAAGUGCCGAUCCACUGGGUGCUACUACGUUGGGGUCCAACAUAUGUGAUGCAGCAGAGUCAAGUGCCACAGGUGCUGGAGCCCGACCACGAGACAGCAGCGUGAGCAGUGCCCAAGAACGCAGUCUCGGCGAACAAGCUGCUUCAUUAACUUCCCCCAUUGCUCGAAUCUCAGCCUUGCGCCGCACCACUCAUGCACUCCGAGUCACUAUGGCACGAGCAGUUGUGAUGAGAGCUCUCUCCCUGCUUGCUUUAAGUGGAGGGUCAUGCGACUUGUGGGCUGGGCUAGAAGCUCUGGGGCUGUGUGAUGUUCGUCUCUUAGUUCGUUUAAUGUGGCUGGUUGCUCAAGGGCGUGUUCCACUAGAUGGUUGUGCAAGGACGUGUGGUGCAGUGGUGCAAGCAACAGAUGUUAGCACAAGUCUAGCGCACCUCAGUGAUGCUAUUGGGGCACUAGCUCAAAAUGAUACUGGUGCUGCUAAAUUAUUGCUGCAACUGUGUACUCAGCAUCUAAUGGUGGCAGCUAUGGGAAUGUCCAGUGGUGACAUUGUUGGAGGGUCGGUGGAGGAAGAAGUGGUAGACAUGAGCAUUGGCGGAGAACGUCGGGAUUCACAGACCAGCUCCAGUACGCAUCAGACCAGCUUUCCUGUCACCCAGGCUCUUGUUUCUCUACUUGCUGCAAACUCUUCUCUCAUCCACUUGGCUGGUAAAGGAUUCCCCAGGAACUUGCAUCUGUCCUCCAUCGUCCAUCAUCCAUCGCCUCUCAUCCAUCUGUCGACAUUUGGUGAAGGUACAAUGUCACCAUUGGCUGCUGGCGGAGGGCAGGGUGACCCUGGCAUACAGUUAGCCAAUGCUCUUGCUGCGUGUAUUCUCUCGACACAUCUUCCACAUUCACACCGGCAGUGGGCUGCCACACAACUGGUUGAAUGUAUUGGUGGUCGUGCACGUCUAGUUGAGAAUGACAGCGACUUGCCUGGAGGUGAGACUGGCACUGGUGCAGACUUCACUGGAACUCUGCCUCAUGUCCAGACCACUUUCCUAGAGGGCCACACUGCUCGCACCUCCAAUGUUCUCUGGCUUCAGGCAAGAAAUUUAUUAGUUUCAAGUGGGCAUGACAGUUCUGUGCGCACAUGGAAAGUAGGUCAGCGGAGUAUUGGACCUCAGGAGCAUACAUUGGUGUUCCAGCAGAGUGACAGUGCAGGCAAUUACAAUGUAAACCUUGCAGCUGUGGAACAUUUGGUUUCGCUUCCCUCGGAACGAUAUGUUGCAGCGACUUUUGAAAAUGUUCUCAAUAUAUGGGCUCUGAGUGGUGGAAGCAUCGGAACGUGGUCGGGUAACAGCAUAAUAACUUGCCUGGAAGCAGCAGCCCAGGGCAUGUGUGAUUGUGUGGUCAUUGGACACCACGAUGGUUCGGUGACACUAGCAGCCAUUACCACUACUGGUGUUGUGCCCUCCACCAUCAUGCAUGCUGGAAGACAAGAUGUGUAUGUAAGUUGCAUGGCCUGGCAAGACCAAGACAAGGAGCUGGCUGUGGGCUUCAGUGAUGGAAUUGUUCGUGUUUGUUUUGUCAACACUGAUCUGGACAGCGUCACCCUCAGAGUACAACAGGGUCCAGUUCAGUGUCUGGAGUGGAGCAGCAACUGUUGCUUACUGGCAUCUUGUGGUGAAGGUGGAACCAAAGUCUGGGCACAAACAGCAAAUGGCUGGACACCAGUGUAUUCCUUAGAUUACAAGUCUUUACCUUCAUCAGUUAAAUGGUCUCCAGUUAUAAGUAAGAAUGGUGGUGUAAGUGAAGGAGUGUGCGUACACAUGCUGGUGGUUGGCCACGAGGAUGGUUUGGUAACAGUCUGGGUCGUACCUCAGACUCCUGCUUCAGAGGCUUCGGAGUACGAGGGAAGUGAGCAACCUGAAAUUUGUUCACCGACUCUGUCUCACAGCCCCCGCUGUUUGCUCCAACUACGUGGUCAUCAAUGUUCAGUUACUGCACUAGAUAUAUCACUCUCAGGUCUUAUGCUGGCUACAGGUUGUUUGAAAAGCACAAAUGGACUGGUGAAUGUAUGGUCUCUUCAAGAUGGUUCCCUGCUGCAGACAGUAGUAGGCUCAGGAGGCAUCUCUGGUCUAGCAUGGGCUGGCACCACAGGCCUAGCUGUUAGUCUCACACAAUCACAGAAUGUGAUGUUUAUUUCCUUGACGGAAGAUCAGUUUCGCAAGCUUCGGGUGGUAGCACUCUGCCGGACAAGAUUACAUGCCUGGGGAAUGUCUGGCUUGCACCAGGCACCAUGUCUCCGAGCUCUGCUUUGUCACCUACCUUCACUCCUCCUCUCUCAGUACCUUCAUGAGAAACCAAUGGUGAGCAGUGGGGAACAACUAGUGCACAGUCGGUACCUGCAGCAGCUGUGCUCACUGGCUCUACUGCUCAGGUUGGACAGUGUUCUCUGUACUCAGCCAGCACCCAUCCAUGUAGCCAACCCAGGCACAGCUGUUGAAUGGAAUUGGUUAGACACGCUGUGUACUGCCGUCAGUACUGCCGAAAGUUUGAAUAACCGUACUUCCCUGCCACGAUCUUUCAUUACCAGACAUUUUAAACAUUCGGAUUUUUCAGAUGACAAAGAACAGGUGAGCCUUGCAUUAGAGAACGAUAAAUGGGAUGAAGAACAAGAUGCAGCAGUGAUGGCAUGGGCCACACAACAGCCAGGAGACUGGCAAGUGGGUGGACGAUGCCAAGUGUACAUGUGGGGAAGUGGAAGACAUGGACAGCUUGCUGAAACAGGUCGGAGUAGUCAGGUUCCUGUAUUGACCGAGACUUUAGGGUGUGCACAGCAAGUCGUUUGUGGUCAGAACUGUACCUUCAUUGUGACAGCCAAUGGAUCAGUUCUAGCGUGUGGUGAAGGAAGUUAUGGCCGACUUGGUCAGGGAAAUUCUGAUGACCUUCACACUCCUUCAGUUAUAUCUACUUUGCAAGGUUUUGUAGUGACACAGGUUGCCACUUCAUGUGGCUCUGAUGGCCACAGCCUGGCAGUAACAGACAGUGGGGAGGUCUUCUCCUGGGGAGAUGGUGAUUAUGGUAAAUUAGGACAUGGUAAUUCGGACCGUCAACGAAGACCACGACAAAUCGAAGCAUUCCAAGGACAGGAGGUGGUGCAGUUAGCCUGUGGGUUCAAGCACACAGCAGUGGUAACUGCUGAUGGCAAGCUCUUUACCUUUGGCAAUGGAGACUAUGGAAGAUUGGGCCUUGGCUCUACUGCGAACAAGAAACUACCAGAAAGAGUUAUGGCUCUGGAUGGUUGGGGGAUUAGACAAGUAGCUUGUGGCUUAAAUCAUACUGUGUGUUGUAGUACUGAUGGAAAUAUAGUUUGGGCUUUUGGAGAUGGUGAUUAUGGGAAGUUAGGUCUUGGCAACUCAACAUCUAAAUCAACUCCUCAGAAAGUGGAGGCAAUGUGUGGAAUUGGCAUUAAAAAAGUGUGUUGUGGUACUCAGUUUACAGUGUUUCUCACCAAAGACGGACGGGUUUACACUUGUGGAAUGGACCGUCUCAUUGGCCAGCCAGAAUCCCGUACGAGAGGCCACAAUCGCCCUCAGCAAGUUCCAGCACUUAUGAAUCAUAUUGUCGUGGAUGUAGCAGUUGGAUCUGAACACACAUUGUCUCUAACAUCUACUGGGGAUGUAUUUGGAUGGGGUGUUAAUAGUGAUGGUCAGUUGGGCUUGGGACAUUCUGCAGCAGUGAGAGAGCCACAGCUUAUUCGCACAUUAUCUGGGAAAGGUAUUCGCCAGAUCAGUGCUGGUCGCAGCCAUAGUGCUGCCUGGACAGCCCAUCCUCUUCCUCCUGUUACACCAGGAAAUCCAGCACCCACACAACUUGGAAUCCCUGCUUCGGUGCCACCACAAUAUCCUAAUCUUCAGUGUGUUUCACGAAGUGCUCUCUGUGCUCGACUACGACUUUUGCACCAAUUCAGUGAUCUGUUGUAUUCGUCGUGGAAACUCAUAACUCUCACUCCAGGCACUGAUUGCUAUGUAGAUAAUGUUAGUGCUGUUACCUCUGCUGCUGUACGCUCUCUUGUAUCACCCAGGGUGUACACGCUUCCUCUGGUACGUUGCUUGGGCCGCACUAUGGUUCAGGGACGUAAUUACGGUCCCCAGGUGACAGUAAAGAGAAUAUCUAGUAGAGGAUCUCCUUGCAAGCCCAUCUUUACUCAGUUGGCUCGACAAGUUGUAAAGCUGAAACCAGCGGACUUGCGGCUCCCAUCUCGUGCUUGGAAGGUAAAACUUGUUGGAGAAGGAGCAGAUGAUGCAGGAGGAGUGUUUGAUGACACCAUGACUGAAAUGUGUCAUGAGCUUGUCACAGGCGCUGUCCCACUUCUCAUACCCACACCCAAUGCCAUAUCUGAUGCUGGCAAUAACCGAGAUCGUUUCCUGCUUAACCCGGACCUCGCACAGCCUCAUCACUUCAUGUGGUUCAAGUUUUUGGGUAUACUGUUUGGUAUUGCUAUCCGCACGAAGAAACCACUGGCACUACCCCUCGCUCCAUUAGUGUGGAAGCUCCUGGCUGGCAUUGCUCCUUCAUCAGCAGACUUAGAAGAGGUAGAUGUGGAAUACAUGCAGAGCUUAAGGGCCAUCAGAGAUAUAGAUCAAGAUGGUGUAACAGAAGAUACCUUCCAUGAUGUAAUUCCUCUGGAGAGCUUUGAGUGCAUGAGCAUGACAGGAGUAAGAGUCGCUGUAGUGCCAGGAGGCCGGGCAGUGCCACUCACAUUCACCAAUCGGCAGGAGUAUGUCAAUCGUACUAUUUACUACAGAUUGCACCAGAUGGACAGACAGAUUGGAGCUGUCAGAGAAGGUAUGGCUUGGAUAGUGCCUGUACCACUGCUCUCCCUGAUGACAGCCUCACAUCUAGAACAGCUAGUGUGCGGCCUCCCACACAUAUCAGUAGCCACUCUCAAGAAGGUUGUGAGAUAUCGUGAGGUGGAUGAGCACGAUCCUCUUGUGGUAUGGUUGUGGUCAAUCCUGGAGUCGUUUAGCCCCUGUGAGAGAGUUCUUUUUGUAAGAUUUGUUUCUGGCAGGUCACGGCUUCCAGCCAACUUGGCUGACCUGUCACAACGCUUCCAGGUAAUGCGUGUGGAUAGGCCCAUAGAUACUCUCCCAACAGCUCAGACAUGUUUCUUCCAGCUUAGACUUCCACCAUACUCAAGCCAGGAAGUGAUGGCAGAGAGGCUGCGAUAUGCUAUUAACAACUGCCGUUCUAUUGACAUGGACAAUUACAUGUUAGCUAGAAACCAGGACCCCAAUCACCACUCAGAUGAUGAUGAAUUUUGAACAGUGGCAGUAGAUUAAUGUCAAUGAAAUGUGUGGAAUGGUAGUUAAUGAUUGUUUUAAACAUUGUUCUCUAAGAUAUUCAUGGUGACCUCGAUAUAACUACAGUAGCAGGGUCUGGAAUACGAAGAUUGAUGUCCUUGCCAGAUUAUGUUUGUUACCCCAACUGGUAGGAAACUGUUAAAACUGUUGCUUUUUUAUAUUUUAUAUUUAUUGUAGUUAUAUUAUUUGUGACAGCCUAUUAGAUCUAUACAAAAAUGGUUUGCAUCUAAUUUUUGUUUGACAGUUAUUGAUUUAAGGAAGAAUUUCAUGCAAAGCUGCAUGCAGUAUUUGCACCUUGAAUAUUUGUAUUAAAUUCUAAUCUUGUAAAUGUUAAGCUGCAUUGGGUUACAAGAAACACAGAAGAUUCUCAAAUAACCUCAGAAUGCAAAUCAGACAUUAGCGUGUGUUUCUCACUCGUAUGUUUUUGUGAUAGGUGAUGUCAUGUAGAAUAACUUUCAUGGUAUGUAGAAUUAAUGCAUUAGGCUGUUGUAUUUGUUGAUGUCAGUACUGUAUUGAAAUUAGUAAUGAGCUGAUGAAAUGCCGAACCACACUAACCAUGUUUGCUAAAUUAAUGUCUAAACUAGUCUUGAACCACCAAUGACCAAAAAGAAAAAGUAAUGACAUAUAUUGAAUGUAUUUUCUUUCUUAAUUUUGUACUUUUGAUAUUCUGUAUAGAAUAAAUGUAUAUAAUGCUGUGUGGUGGAUUAGAUACAUUGCUAUAUUAAAUAUAUUUUUGCAUAAUCAGGUGAAGUAAAUUAAAAUUAACUGGUUAUUAAUUUUUUAUAUUAUAAGCUAAAGAAAUAAUUAUAAAUGAAUAAAAUGUCACUGAAUUAGUUAUCUCAUAAUGCAGCAGUAAUAGGCAAAGUAUGAGAUUUGCCAGAAAAAAAAAAAAAAACUGGUUGGUAUAGAUGUUGCAUUCUGAUGUAUUUUUCAUGCAUUCACAGUCAGGUAGAAUUUAUUUGUGAAGUUUACCACAUGAGCUGUUUCUCACCAAGGUUGAAAAUUUUAAUGAUAUACAUUAAUAACAAUAUCUCAGCCAUGAAAUUUAAACCAACAUAGAUAUAAUAAUAACCCACAAGUAAGUGGAAAAAAAAAAACCACUUUAGAGAUCACAUUAGCAGUGUGCUAGAGUACUGGUGGGUUUUAGCUAAUUCUGACAGUAUCAGGAAGAAUUUUUUUCAUCUUAUCCCUAGUUCAUGUGUACACUUGUAUAUUGCACAUCACUGUCUUUUCCUGCCUUUGGUCAGUAUUGUGGUACCAUUUUUUUUUUUUUUUUACAAAGAAACUCUGGCAUAAAAGUGAUGAGCAUUCAUUAAUGGCAUUGGUUAAUUUUAAUGUAAACCUUAAUCUAACAUUACAUACUAGAACAUGCGAAGCAAGCACCAGAUGAGCCUGGCCCAAGGCCGGGCUUUGAGAAUGAGGAAAAAAAUACUCUGAACUCAUCAAAGGUAGCUUUGGUGCGUUUUCUCGUGUUUACUUGUAAAUGAGUUUUCCGUUAGCCCUUUCACUUAUUUCACAAGUUGAUUUUAAAAUUAACCAAAUUUUUAAGAUUAACCGAAGCAAUGGCUAACUGAAAUUAUUUAGGAUAUAACAAGUAUGAUGAGGAUUUAGUUUUGAUUGUAAUGUGAUAACAAAUAUAUCAUCAUAUAACAAAUAUUAUGAUAUAUUAAAAAAUACUGCACUCUGAAGGGGGUGGAGAUACUUGCAGUUCUGACCUAGUAUUGGCACUCCUCUGACAAGACAGUGAUGGAGUGAGUGAUGGUGAAAGUGUUUUUUCUUUUAUGAGCCACCCUGCCUUGAUGGGAGAUGGCCAGUUUGUUGAAAAGCCCUAAACUCAUAUGGGCUGUGGAAAAAAUGUCAAUUUGUUAACAUUACAAAAAAAAAUCACCAUUUUCAUAUUUACUUUCAACUUUCAAUCAGUAACUUAACAGUUUAUGUAUAAGACCAUGCAAGAUUUUAUGGUGUAUAAACGGUGUAUUUUUCACUAAAGUGUAGCUGCAAUACUUAGCAGUCUUACAGUGCAUAUGUAAAAUGUAAAGAAAUAAUAGUAAUGUAUUGUUGCAGUUUAGGGACCAAACCAAAACUUCACAACCAUUGCUUCAACUCUAGUGUCAUUGCUUUAUGUUCAGCACUGGUUCCAUUGGUUCAAGGGGCUUUCAGGGGGUCAGUACUGAUUCCAUUGGCUCAAGGGUUCAAUACUAGUUUCAUUGGUUAAUGUUCAAUACUUGUUUUAGGGGUUCAGUACUUGUUCCACUAAGUGUGGUUUGCAUUCCAUCACUAAUUUGUGCUUUUUUUUCACUAAAGAAGCUGCAUAGGAAACACAGUAUCAAUGCACAUUUGUGUUUGAUUUGUUUGAUUUCAUUCUGAAAUUCACUCUUAAAUUUCUCUUGUGUUGUAUACUCAAAUAGCAGUUUUGAAAAAAAAAUAUUUAUAAUUUUUGUGUACAGAAAGUGAGGUUUACUGUACACACGACUGAUAUUCUUAGUAAUCUAUUUGUAAGUUUAAGAAUACAGUACCAAAGUUUUUCUACGAUUUUAUUGUAAAGGUGGACACGUGCGACUUAGAAAUGUCAUUGUCAGUGUGGGAGGAAAAAGGCAAAAAUAACUGGCAAGAAAUGUUAGACUUUGUCAAAGCUUUUAAUAGAAUGUGGUACUUCUCUAGAUAUUGAUGACUUUUCAUAUUUUUUGUGUUAUGCACUCAUAAAAGGAGGGAAAGAAUGGGGGUGAGGGUGUUAUGGCACUGCUGUGAUUCUACUGAACACUUGACCCCAUCUCUGGUGAAGGUAGGGAGGGAGGAAUAGUGGAAGUUAAAAAAAAAAAAAUGUAUAUAUAUGACAUAGCUCUUCUCAGAAUGGUUACAGGCUCCCUCUCCAGUUGAUAAAUAUACUAAUUAGGUUUAUCUCCAUUUUCCUCACAUUUAACUGAUGUAGAGGAUAUAAAAAUAUCAUGGGGACUGAUGAUGCAGGAAACUGCUAAUUUAGUUCCAUCUGUGAAGCCCUGUGAUUGAUAAUGUAGCAAACAUUAUCCAGAUGCAAGAGCAGAAUUGGUCACUAAGAAAGAGGUACUUGGCAGCUGGAGUUAUUAAGCAGAGGGGAGUAGUUUUUUAUCAUUAGAAAUCAAGUUUUACAAACAGCUGUUAAGUGGGGAUCUACUGUGCCAUUAAAUAUUCCAGAAAACUGAGGGAGGUGCUGCAACAUGUAAUGAACUCUAUCGUGUCUCCCGGGGUCAUGGACAAAGCCGACAAAAAUUCUCUUGAAUAUUCUUUUGAAAAAGUCCACACAGUUGAGACUGCAAUACACCAUAUCAUACCUUGCUUUAGUUUCUGCAUUUCUGCCUAACCCAGCAACAGAAUUACUGGCAUAAAUACUGUAGCAGGUUUUCUUGACAAUAACAGCUGUAAUUUUCACACAAGAUUUAGCAAUAGCAUGAAAAUAAAUGCGUUGGCAUAUUUGACAUUAUUCCAAUUAAAGGGCCAAAAUACUUCUUGCAGGAAGGCUGUGAUGCGAGGCUCCAAAUGGAGUAAUCCACUUUGUGCAUACCUACUGAUCAAAAUAUGCUUGGGAUUAAUUUAAUUAAUUUCUACCAUAUUUACAGCUAGUCAUGGUUGUUCGUAUCCGUUUUGUUCAAAUAUUCACAGUUUAAAUGCUUAUGAAGCAAAAACACUCAGUAAAAUUAUGAAUCUUGAUUUAGGUUUUAAGGUUCUUGAAUAUUUCAAUUUUUAUGUAUUUUCCAUUGAUUCCAUUUGUAAUUAAUGAUUGUGUUUGAUGUACAUUUUUCACAAUUUAUUAGAAAUGAAUAGUAUAAUUUGCAUACUUGUUGAAAAAUUGAUGAUCAGGCUUGUAACUUAUUGCUUUUAUUUAUUGUACUAGUAUUUUCAGAAUACAAGUAUACUGUAUAUUCUUCAUUUUAUUGUCAUCCUGUAGACAGAAACUUUUGGAACAAUACUUUCACGUAUCAGACGAGUUACUUUUAUGAAAAUUUGGGAUUUACAUGAAACUGCAUAAUGUGGACUAAAGAACACAUGGAAAAAACAUGGUAGUGUUCUUGAUACAGGCAGUCCCUGCUUAUACAGCAGGUGAGGUUCUGGGCUAUUGAUUUAAAGUGAAAUGUAGCUUUUUUCACUCAUAUAUUUCAUAUAUUGAGUGAACAAUAAAGCUAGGCUUAAAAUAAUCCAUAUACAGUUCGUACAUUACUUACCUUAAAAUAUUUUUGUCGUUAGCUUAUAGUGUGUGGUGAAUAUUUAUUGUAGGAACUUUGAAUAAAUGAAGAAUAGGUAUAAUUGAAAAUCACUUCAUUAGUGAAAUGCCAUAAAGGUAAGCACUGUAGGAUAAAAUGAUUGUCAAUGUAGGGAAAAGGAUGAUGUGAUGUAUUGUGAUUGUUGUACUUGUUGGUGAUUGUUUAAUAAGUCCUACGUUUUUGAUCAUUUGAUAUAUCAUACAGAUCUUUGUUUCUACAAGUACAUGUACAAGGUGUACAGGCCUAGCUGACAUUAAUGACACUACUAUAUGGAAAGCCCCUUGUUAUGCACAGCAUUUUGGGCAAAUUAGGUUUUUUUUUUCCCCAGGAUGCAAUCUACACCAAUCGACUAACACCCAGGUACCAUUUUACUGCUCGGUGAUCAGUGACAGCAGGUAUUUUAAUGUUUGCACCAGUGCCAGGGAUCGAACCACAGACCUCAAUGUGUGAGUAGAGUUCGUUGAACCUUCUUAACAUUAAAUAUAAAUUUCAAUGCUUUAUAUUGUUUUAAAUAAUUUGUACAAUAUUCACUUUAGGUACAAGAAGAAAUAGGUGAAAUAGCACUUUAUUUUUCUUAUUAAAUACAGUAUGUAAAUAUAAAACUUAGAAUUUAAACUUACGAAGAGUAGAAAAUAUUAUCUACAGUCAAACCAUGGAAUUUACAUAUUUUGUAAUCUGUAUGACUUAUGGAUAGUUUAAUUCAUUCUUUCAAAUGUGGUCAUAUUUUCUGUGCUCAAUCUAUUUUUCUCCAUGUAUUUGUGUGUCAUUAUUAAGAUUAGAGCAAAAUUUACAGAUACAUGACCAUAACAAAUGGAACUUUUUUGAAAUGUAGUCUUGUGCAAAAUACAAAACAAUGAAAAUUUAAAUUACAAGAUAGUUUCUAGGAAUGUAAACAUUGCAUAUUCUUGGGUUUAACUGUGUAUAAUGGAAAAAAUGUGCUAAACCUAAAUGGGGUCAUACAUCUGUACUGUAUUUAUACAAUGCCUUUAAACACUGGGCAUUUCAAGGGAGAGGGAGUAACUUGACGGUCAUCACAGACAUACCUCAUUAAUACGGCGCUCACUUUACAGCACUUUGCUAAUACAUCUCUUUUCAAUUUAUAUUCAUAUUAUUUUUGGCUCUUGCCUUGCUCUUAAAGUGUUUUUUCCCAAUUUUAAUUUUAUUUAUUAAUUUUACUUUUGUAUAAUUUUUUAGGCCUAGUGCUAUUGCACACUUAAUAAGUUAUAGUAAACAUGCUUUUAGGCAUUUAUAUGCACUGCAAAGUGGAAAAAAAGGCUGUGAUUUGCAUUACGAUGGAUGUCUGUAUUAGUGAUGUAUGCCUGUACAGGAGAGGCCCCACUUGUACAGCAGGUUGGGUUCUGGGCUAUUGCUGUAAAGUGAAACAGCCUUUUUCAGUUUCAAAUGCAUACAAAGCCUGAUAACAUGUUUACAUACAUAUUAGGCGAGCAAUAUAGCUAGGCCUAAAAAAUGCAUAUACAGCAUACACAUCUUAAAAUAUUUUCACCCUUAGCUUACGGUGAAUGGUAAAUAUAUUGUAGGAAGUCUGAUUAGCAAAAUGCUGUAAGCGAAGCGUUGUGAAGUGGGGCUCCCCCUGUAUUAAAGAAAGAAGUUCCCCUGCCUUUGCUCAGAUCAAGCUUGAUUAUUUCCCAUUCCUCAAGCUGUGUAUGACCCUUACAAGUUUAACACUUCUUAAUGAGCAUAAUAGUAAUUUAACUUUUGCUGUCUAAUUUAAUGUAGAAAUAAACAAAUUUCUUUGUGUCCAUUGGAUAUAACUUCUAAAUUGCUAAACAUAAAAUGUUUAGAAUAGCUAAAUAUUGAGGUAUCUAACAAAAACAUUAGAUUCUUUUAUUUUCUUGGAUCAAACCUGAUUUCCUCUCAUUCCCCUUGCAUUGUAUGAUCGCUAUGGGUUUAAAGCUUCUUAAAAAUUAUAAUUUUUAGUGGAAAUGAAGUUUAAGGUACAGUAUAUCCUAGUUUAUUGCUAACUUGAACAUUUUGUAACAUUAAUUAAUAUGAAAAGCUAGUACUGUGCACAAUACAGCCUCUCCUCACUUAACGACAGAAUUUCGUUCCUAAGACCACGUCGUUAAACAAAUUCGUCGCUAAGUGAGGAGUAUACGUACUAUAAUGGUAGUGGGUCUGUCAGCCAUCUUUGAUAUUGUUUUAAUGUCACCUAUGCACCAUUUUUAACAUUUCUGGUAUAUUUUCAAAUGUUUAUAGUGUACUGUAUAUUGCAAUAAACAGAAUAGAGGAAAUCAGCUCUAAUACACAUUACAGUGGAACACAGAGUUUUAGCCGCCCUGAGAAUUGGCCGCUUCGAGUUUCGACCACUAUUUUGGGCUAAAUUUUGUCCCGAGUUUAAGCCGUUGCCCUGUGUUUCGGCCAGCAUACCAGACCUGUCCGUCUUCUCAUGCCUGCGCGGCCUCCCUGCGAAGGUGUCGUGAACCAGUCUAGGUUUGUUUAUCCUUGAGUGGACAUUACCCUGCAUGCUCAUCCAAACAUUUCACAAUAAAUUCAUUGGGUUUAGUGCUUGUUUAUUAAUUGUGACUGUGAAAUAAGCCACCAUGGGGCCCAAGAAACUUCCUAGUUACAGCAGUUGAAGCAAGAGCUUCAACUGGAACAGCAUCAGACCACAGCUGAGGAACUUGCUUCAGAGGAGGUAGAAGAAGGAGUGAAGCAGAUGCCUUCUUCAGUGAUUAAGGACAUGUAUGGAAUGUGGAAUAAGUUGCAAA